UUGAGUUUUCUAAUAUGAAAUUCUUUUCAAUUAUUUUUAUUUUUGUUUUUGCAUUUUUUAUUGGAAGUGAGGCUAUUAGGAUGAUAAGAAAUUAUGGACAGCCAAGUUUUAGUGGAGGUAAUAUGGGCGGUGGUGGUUGUUGUGGAGGGGGAAGUUCAAUGGGGAUGGGAAGUAGUGGAUAUGGACCAACUAUGGGAAGUAGUGGUGGAUACGGAUCAAAUAUGGGAAUGAGUGGGAUGAGUGGUGGUUAUGGAAAACGUUAA